CGCGCGUGUAAUGUCAAUAUACGUCAGAUUUGUAAUGUAAUACAAUACUGUCAAAUAUUGUAAUGCAAUCCAUGGCACUGGUGGAACUACUUUUAAUCGGAUUCUCGGCUUUCAUGGUAGAAGGUUAGGAUACCGUUCGUAUAACCGUAUACUGAAACGGGAAAACGAUCGAAAAGAAACCUGGUAAUGCAAAUCGUGCAUUUUUUCUGUAGUGUGCAGUGAAAAAUACAAUGGCGAAGGCGGAUUUUCCAAAAAGUCUGAGAGAGUUCGGUUAUGACUUCAAUGAAAAUGGUAAACUUCGAAAAAUAGACCCUGUUACUGGUGCAACAACAAAUGAAAGUUUUGACUUUAACGUAUCCGAUGACGCAGAUUACAAUCAAAAACAUUAUGAAGCUUUAGGGGAGAUUAUAAAUCAUCAUGUGUACGGCCUACUAGAAAAGGAAGAACUUAAAAGACUGCCCGUCCCAAAAGACAGUUCAGAUCCAGUGGAGCUACGAACUUUCAUCUUCGCCAGCGAAGAUUAUUUAGAGAAUGAUAAAUUAAUAGUUUUAAUUCAUGGUAGUGGUGUAGUUCGUGCUGGUCAAUGGGCAAGACGAUUGAUUAUUAACGACAAUCUUAACUCUGGUACGCAAAUACCUUAUGUUAAAAAAGCCAGAGAAUUAGGAUAUGCAGUAAUUGUUUUAAACACCAAUGACAACAAUAGGGUAAUAAAUGGAAAGCAAAAGGCUAUCAAGAGGAGUGAAAAUCCUGAAAUACAUAUGGAAACGGUUUGGAAAGAUUAUAUUCAGGAUUCUAAAGCAAUGCAUAUUGCUAUUAUAGCCCACAGUUAUGGCGGAGUUUGUACUGUCAAAUUCGGCAUGAAUCACGUUAACGUAGUUAAAGAAAGGAUUUUUGCUAUCGCUUUGACUGACUCUGUGCAUGUUAUGGCUUCGAAAGGAGUUGAUCAUAUAGUGAAGGUUGCUAGGAAUUGGGUUUCCUCUGAAAAACCAUUAGAUACACCUGAACUUUCUUUAAGCGGAGAUAUAGAACGAGUUUCGUCAGGACACAGUGUACAUGAGAUGACGUCGUGGUCUUGCAUCGAAUCGCUCUUCAAGUAUAUAGAUAAUCAAUAUAAAAGCACGGUUGGUAGGUCAGAACUGUAAUUCUAUCAACGAAGAAAUUUUUAAGCCUUACUAUUAUUUCUUUUGUGAUACAUGUAAGCUUCUCUCAAAUCCCGCUUUGAAGAGUUAUACAAAUUUGUCUUUCUUUUAUUGAAUCGAAUCUAAAAAAUCUUGAUACUUCAAUUUAUUUGACCAAGGAGAGGCAUUUUAAAAGUCAUAAUUUUUAAGCUAUAAUUAAUUAAAAUGUGCAUAAGAUAUUUUGAAUUAUAUAUUUAUAUUUUACAGUAUUUUUUUCUAUUAAAGAAGAAUAAACUCAAUAAUAUUAAAUAAAGCUUUUGCUUGAAUGUAAAAAGCCUUCAUCUAUUUCAAAAGAUCUGUGUCUAGUUUCUUGACGCAAGUUUUCAAAAUAAAAAUUUUUUCAUUCUGAAAGAUGUGAAUUUACGAUUUGUGCAACUGCUUGCACUAGAUUUUAAUAAAUUAGAGUAUCCUGUAUGAAUCACAUUUAUACUUCAAAUAAUAAAUUGUU